AUGCCAGGCACUAAGCUACAUUCUCCACCGAUCAGCAACAUACCUCGAGAUGAAGUUGAGGAAUGUAUACAACGCGCUCAGCAAAGAAAGCUCUUGGAUGCAAGAGUUCGGGACGGCGAAGUCGGGGAGUGUCUGGUGUCCUCCCAGGCUGAUGCGGCAGACGAGUGCGCGGGGUUGGAAUUUGGCGAAGCAAUGAGCACACAGGGCGUGCGUGGUACACCGUGUGAGGCCUGCGCGGUGUUGGGAGCAGCUGGCCGAGGCUUUGUGGGCUCCGCCUCUACUCCUGGUCCCGGUGGGCAGGGUGACGUGGAGGUGCUAGGUUCCUGA